AUGACUAUGGAGGAAGUUAGUAAUGGUUCUGCGUGGAGUAGGGAGGAUGAUAUUGCGUUUGAGAGAGCUCUUGCGAAUUAUACUGAUGAAUCAGAGGAACGGUGGGAGAAGAUUGCUGCAGAUGUUCCAGGAAAAAGCGUUGAACAGAUUAAAGAACAUUACGAGCUUUUAGUUGAAGAUGUUAGUAGGAUUGAAUCAGGAUGUGUGCCUCUUCCUGCUUAUGGUUCUCCUGAAGGAUCAAAUGGUCAUGCUGGUGAUGAAGGAGGAAGCAGUAAGAAAGGGGGAAACAGUCAUGCGGGCGAGUCUAACCAAGGAGGUAAAUCAAAGUCAGAUCAAGAACGACGAAAGGGUAUUGCCUGGACAGAAGAUGAGCACAGGUUAUUUCUUCUUGGUUUGGAUAAAUAUGGGAAAGGUGAUUGGCGUAGCAUUUCUCGUAACUUUGUGGUAACAAGAACGCCGACCCAAGUCGCGAGCCAUGCUCAAAAGUAUUUCAUUCGUCAAAACUCGAUGAACAAAGACAGAAGACGAUCAAGCAUUCACGACAUCACUAGUGUUGGCAACGCAGAUGCCUCAACACCACAAGGACCAAUCACUGGGCAGAACAACAACAACACCGGUUCUGCUGCUGUUGCUGGAGGCGGUGCUGGAGGAGGAAACAAAUCAGCCAAGCAAGCUACUUCUCAACCACCACCGGGACCUCCCAUGUAUGGAACACCCACCAUAGGUCAACCAGUAGGUGGAGCAUUGGUCUCAGCAGUUGGAACACCAGUGAACCUCCCAGCUCCACCUCACAUGGCUUAUGGAGUACAUGCUGCUCCAGUCCCUGGCUCAGUGGUUCCCGGUGCACCAAUAAACAUGGGUCAAAUGCCAUACACAAUGCCGCGAACACCAACGGCUCAUAGGUAA